UCUUUCUGUGUGUGCUGGAGGAGGGGUUGGGAAAACUCACUGACCUUAGACCAUUCUCUCUUUCUGGAAGCUGAUGAAGCUGUGUGACAGCAGGGACCUCGGAGUGGAUGGAAGUGAGUCUGCUGGGUCAGGAUGAGCCACUCAAUCAUGCAAAACCCCAGGAUUUAAACUUGUAACACGGCUAAAAGUGUGAGAUCUGUGGAAAAAAUGUCCAUGCAGGGGUCAGUCCUGACAGUGGGGAAAUGUCUGGCCUGCUUGGAAUUUAUAUUGUUUCCAGUAUGGCGGGGAAUCGGGCUCAGUGGUGGUGUGGCAGCUGGGUGGAGCCAAAGCUGGGGGCGCUGCCUACGAUUGGAGCCCAACAGCCCGGGACAAGGCGCCCCGAUCCCGGCCUACGACUACCCAGUCUGGCUGGUUCUGUGUCGUGGGGGGCGUGCUCGUCUAGAAGAGGUUUGUCAGAGAGGGAGGGGGGCCAUCAGACUGCCCACUGAACUGCUUCGACUCAAACUCCCCCAGCUCUACGAAAACUACCAGGUCCCGAAGGUGUUUAGAGAAGACGGCAUCAUGUCUGGAUACCGUCAUCCACGGAGCUCAGCGCGAGACUGCGUCCUCAGCAGCUUCUCCAUGAACAACGAAACCAUGAACAUCUGGACACACUUCCUACCAACAUGGUAUUUUCUGUGGCGUUUUUGUGCCCUGUCAUGGUCGAUGAACUUCCUGACCGACAGCUACACCUGGCCCCUGCUGGUCUACAUGGUGCUCAUCUGCAUUUACCCCUUUACCUCCAGUUGUGCUCACACCUUCAGCACCAUGUCACCAGAGUCCCGUCACAUCUGUUACUUCUUUGAUUACGGAGCGCUCAGUCUCUACAGCCUCGGUUGUGCCAUCAGUUAUGGACAUUAUGUGAUACCAGACUGUUGGGUCAACACUUUCCUCCACCAACAUUUUGUGCCCAUAGCUGUUGGAAACACAAUAUUCUGCACCAGUUUGUCCUGUUAUUCCAGGUUCCUGGAGCUUCAGUUCCCACAGAGGAGUAAAGUCUUGAGGACAGGAGCAUUUAUCGUCCCUUUUAUAUUUGACACGGUGCCUCUGUUUUACAGGAUCCUCCUGUGUGUUGGAGGAAACUGCAGUUCCAGCGGAGCCUUGUCCAGUCACUGUUAUCACCUCCUUUUUGCCUUCCUCACCUGUUUCCUGUUUACGGCGCACCUCCCAGAGAGACUGGCCCCCGGCAGAUUCGACUACAUCGGCCACAGUCACCAGCUGUUUCACGUCAGUGCUGUGGUGGGCACACACUUCCAGAUGGAGGGCGUGAUCGCAGACAUGAUGACCCGCAGGAAGUGGCUACUGACUCAUGGAGCGGCACCGUCUUUCCUGGGCACUGUCGGCGUCCUGGUCCUCAGCUUCGUCCUCAACCUGGGCAUCAUCGGCGUCUUCAGUGCCCCACUCCUGUGGAAGCCCUGGCACAGCGCCCCCCAGCAACACACGGCAGCUACUGCAACAGCACCAGCAACAGCACGUGAGCUCAAGGAGCAGUGAGGAGUUGUUUUUCCCAACAGAGACAAAAAUAGUUUCCAUAAGAAAGGUAUGGAAAGUGUGUGUAUGCGUGUGUCAGCAGUGGCUGUUGGAGAUAAACAUUGACAGUUGAUCCGUCGGUGACUGGUUCACACACAACACUGAUGUUUUUCUAACAAAGUGACAGCAGUGACGUUAAUGACUGGGUUGAAUGAGAAGCUGAGGACCCACAGGUGUUCACUGAAGCCUUCUCCAUUCUAUUAAGGUGGCAUUGAAGUGAGAGUUCACCAUGUUGUGGAGGUUAUAGUGAGACACUGGUACUGGUGGUAUGUGGUAUUACUGCUGUGUGCUACAUGGAGGUGGUACACAGUGCAUUCUGGGACUGUUUGAGCUGAAACUAAUUGACAGUGACUGGAAACCAAAUUAAUAAAUAAAAAUACCACUACUUCAAACCUGCCGUAGUAACCUGGUGCAGAGGAGACAGAAGUUGACAAAGCAACAUUCGUUUUCCUACACUGAAAAACUCCUAAUACUUAUAUAUGAAGAGAUCCAAAAAGUAUGUCUAGAUCAGUGGUUCUUAAUUAAUUUCUAUCAUGCCCCCCCCUUGUGGACAGAAAUGUGUUCACACCCUCCUGACCCACAUCCCUGCAAAUUGAAAUACUGACGAGAACCUGACAACAUGUAUAUUUCAAUCUGUACAAACCACUGUAUGAGUUGCUGCCACCUGGUGACUGGAGGCUUGUUAUCAUUCAAGCGUUACAGCAGAGGGGCCCGCCCCACUGUUUGAGAAGUACUGGUCUAGAUGCAGUACUGGGUCCCCGAGACAUUUAUACAAAACUAUCCACUUGAACUUAAAGAAUCCAAACCAUUUCUACAAAACUGAGGCUCUUAUCUUACCAUAGUUUCCAAACAAUAUCUAACUCUGGUCGUACCCACAGCCCAAGUACAUCCACCUCUAUUCAACACACAUGUACUGUAAGUACCUCAAAGUCUACUCUGAAAUUUCCAUACCCUCUCUUUAAUCUCUUCAGUGUGCAAUGCUAAAAAUACACUACACAUUUCUGUUAAUAUUUAAUGCUCCCUGGUGUGUAGAGGAGACGAAAAAAAGACUCUGGGUUGAAGGAAGCUGUCGUUAGCCAACUCAUGGUUGACUCGGUGUAAAUGUGUGUCACCGUGAUCUAAAACUGGAAGAGUUCACAGUGGCAGGGCGGCUGUUUUUAAGUGUCAAAUAUGGGGUGUCCGUCGGCGUCCUGUAGUUCAGCUGCACCUAUUAGAAUGCAGAUUGGCCGACGGAGCUCUUGUACUGUUCAUACGUAUCUAUUGAUUGUGCUCAGCACUGACUGGAAUUGAUUUGCGGGCCAGAGCAAUUCUCUCUCUCUCUCUCUUUCUCUCUCUUUCUCUUUCUCUCUGUCUCUCUCUGUCUCUGAUUGCCUGCCUAAUUAUGAAACUCAGUUUUCCCCCCACAGGAAGGAGGAGGGACUGUUACAGUCAGGUGAUGAUUAAAAGGCCUCUCGAUUUAAAAAAAAAAAAAAAAAAAAAAAAAUAUAUAUAUAUAUAUAUAUAAUACAUAUAUAUACUGUAUAUAUUUGACUCCUAGUUUCCAUGGUAGCCUUACAGAGCCUUACAAACUUGACUUUUUAUUCCUGAUUAAUGGUGUUAAAUUAAAGACGGUCUGUGUUUGUAUUAUGUUCAUAUGUUCCAGCACUUAUCUGAGUUUAUAAAAAUAUAAUCCAAAAUUAACACUCUUAAUGUUUUCUAUGAUGUCCUGGUCCCAUUUGAACUGCUGCUGCUGUUUACAUUUACCACUGUAAUAACGUCUGUACUGCAUAUUUAUUUAUGGACUGUUAUUGUAUUUAUGACUUAUUUGGUGCAGAAAAGAGUGGGAUGAUGUUUUUCUCCUUUUUUUUAACUUCAAGUCAAUUUACUUUGGGCAUUCAUUGGCCAAUAAGUAAAGAUAAAACACAUGUACGACAAAAUAUUAACCUUUUCUUUUAUAUCGACGUAAGACAGCAAAACAAAAAAUCAAAUUAGCUAAUUACUAAAAAAAAGAAAAAAACCCAAACCCUGAGAUCUCAAUGAUGAAAAGGUUUCACCGUUGAAGGAUUUCUAUAAAUAUUAACAAUCUCAAAUAUUUAGAAAGUGAACAUUUAUUCCUCCACAGUUAAUAAACUGUCUCAGGUACAGCUACACAAGUUGGGAAAUAAUGUUUCCUUUUAUUAAAAGUUAAACUAAAACAAAUGACACCUGAUGUGUAAAUAUUGUAUUGUCAGAGUUGUGUAUUAACAACAUUUAUUUAAGUAUAUUAAUAAUAAUAAUAGUGUUGAUGAUGUGGUCAAAUACUUUCUUGACUUUUCAUCAACAACUCUUUUCACUUCUUUUCCAUGUGAGCCUAAUUCUUGUCAGUUACAUAUCAGCCUUGUUAAACCACUGGUGUUAAACAACACACACACACACACACACACACACACACACACAUCUCAUCUCUAACUGUUUCGACUUUAACCAAACCGUGCGUAAAAAGCUGUGUUAAAGUAAAACAAAAAACCACACACACACACACACCGCGUCUAACACACACACAGUGACACACUGUUGUUGUUGUUGUAAAGGUAGGGUUUGUAAAGAGAUGGUAAAGUGUACGUGGUGUAAUGGGACUGAGGUUUGUUCAGGUCCACGGUGGACGCUGAGGAGGAAGGCUGCACACUGGGAGAACGUCUGAAAUGACACACACACACACACACACACACACACACAUAAACUGUAUAAGUGUUAGACCACCAUUAGAUUAGGACGGACAUCAAAGCAGCAGGAAAAAAAAUGAAAUAUGAACAUGAAAAAAAAACUCUUCUCAGUUUUGUUUUCUCAGUAAAACUGCAUUUUUAAUAAAUGUAUUUAAAUUUACUCUUUAUUUCAGUGACAGUGAAAAACUCUGGAUUAAAAUUCAUCUCAUUUCAGAAAAAAAAAACCAUCUUAGUGUAUAAUUUGUAAAAAAUGGUUGCUGUCUUUUUAUUUUCAAUGUCAUUGAAGACAAAGACAAACGGUUGAACUGAGAAAGAGAAAGUGUUGACGCCAUAACAGAAGCAUUAAACAGAUCUGAUGUUGGCCUCAGACUGUGACCACACAGACCAUUAGAUCAGGACACUGUGCCACAUGUCCUCAGUGUUUACAGGACUUAACGUCUACAUAUGGAGCCCACAGAGCAGAGCUGGGUUCACCACCUCUCAUCUUGUUUCUCCUCACUCCUGCCGCGUCUCCAUCGACCCCCCCUCCCCCUCCGCCUCCCCCCACUCUCAUCAUCUUACAGCUUUCCUCUCCCGACCCUGUUGAUUCUUGGAAUCGCAUCAUUUCUGGCCUCUGCUGCGGUUCACGUGUAUCGACCCGCAGCAGUUUGGAAAACCACCGGGUUAUUUUUGAUAGAAGUUUUUUUGUCAUCUCACUCUGUCAUGUGCCUUUUUGAGCUUCAUUUUCUACCAAUUAGAAGACGGAACGCGUGUGUUGUUGCUGCUUUUCUCGUCAGACGUUCCAACAAUUCAGGCUGUAAUUAUCAAGAAAAUUGCACUUAAUAAAAAAAAAUCUCUCCUUGUCUUUAAAAAAACAAACGACAAUGUGUUGAAAGAUAUUUGAUCAGGUGAAAUGAAAAGCCAAGCGAGGAAGCAUUUGAUACAACGUUAGCUUUUAUGUAUUUUGCAAAGACAGGAAAAUGAAUGGGUUUCUGUUGCCUCGUCAGUUUCAUGUCUGUAAUUAAUGACAGCUGUUCUUGAAGUCUGUAAAUAAUGCCCUCUCUGGGUAAAAUGUGUCUUUGUAACUUUGUUCUACUAGGCUUCUGUAAUAAAUUAACUUUUUAACUGU